GCCGUUUUCCUAGUACGCGUGCGCUGCGGAGGAGCUCUGUAUAGAAACGGCAGACAUCUAUUUGUGAUGGUCUGAGAAAUACUGUAAUGAAAUGUCUGUCGGACGAACUCCCGAGUAGGAGGGGCCGAAAGCAUGUGCUCCAUGAGGGAGACGGAAAUGAAAGGGGGUGUCCGAAGAGAAAUCCGAUCCCUUUAAGAGCAACUGGGACAUAGUCGUGCGAGAAAAGGAGAGGAGGGGGAGAAGAAAGAGGAAUUUAAAAAGAAAAAGGAAGAAAGAGACAGGGAGGGAGGAGGGAGAGCGAGCGAUAAAAAAAGAAAGAUGACAUCCUCGCAUUUGAACAGCCGAGGUGGAGCGAUAGGCUGCGGCCCGGAGCGAGCGCUCUUUGCCAGGGUCAGGGCUUGAAUCCAACGACGAGGCUUCGUCAAACACCCGAUUGGCCUAUUGGGAGAAAUCGGACAAAUUUAUUAAUAAAUUCAAAAGCAUGAACUGCUACUCUUUCAAAUGCGUUUAUUAUAACGCUGACAAUAAUAUGCAUUGUGCGUAAAAUGCAUUCAUUUAAUUUUAAAAUCUAGCUAUUAUGUAUGACUACGGCUAUAUAAAUAACAGAUUUUUGUGCACACAUAUUUGGUUUGAAAGUCAUCAUUGCCAAAAGAUAUACGUUUUUUAUUUUUAUAAUUGUGCUUUUCUAAAUUAAAGUUAGAAACCAAAGUCAAAGAGAAAUAGGCCACUAUUGGACCAGGCAAUUCCACUCAGGCAGACAGCCUAGUCAGCCUAAUCGUAACGCCUGCGUGAAUACGAAUAGCUUGAAUCCUUCUAUUAGUACAUUUUUUUGUUAUAGUUGCACGUCCCUUUCGGAUGAUCGAUAGUAUACGCUUCUUGCUGCAUUUGAAUACUGUUUACUUAGAUCUUCGCGCCUCAAUAGCCAAUAGGGUGAUUAAAGAAUAUGCCAACGAUUCACUGUCGAAUCGCAAUCAGGAUUACUUAACUGACUUUAUACUCUUCGUCACUUUGGUUCAAAAUGGAUGCUGCUUGGAGCAAUUUUCUCUUCCAGACUACUCCCAACCAAAACCAAGUGGAGGGGACCCUCCAAUCAGAACUCUUACCAGUCCAUACUGCCUCUCCUCAGACCCCUCCCACAGAGAACAUAGCCCAGCCUCCUUCCACGGUGGACACUGCUGCCCUCAAUGAAGAACCCUUACCUGUGAAGACAACUUCCCGGCCUGCCCGUGUGCCACACAUCUGUGCCAUAUGCAGCAAGCAGUUCAAGAACAACUACAACCUGCGGCGACACCAGUCGGUCCACACAGGGGUACGCAUGAGGCGAGCAGGGGAGCAGGAGGAGGGGGCAAAGGAGGUUGGCAGUGGCGCAGGGCCGGCGCAGGCGGUGUCGGGAGAGAGGGCGGAGAGGCAUACGGUCCCCCUCUCCCUGCUUCACCUCUCCGUUCCUCCCCCUCUCCCCCCUCCCAGCAUGCUGGCGUCCCAGCUGCCAGCUCUGGGUAGUCAGGAUGGCGAAGGGGUUGCCAUGGCGAGCGUAGUGGCUAGAGUUAACCCCCAUGCUCCUCCUGCUGCUGUCGUCAUGGUGGCGGGGGCGACAGUACAGCGGCCAUCGAACCCCAACCCGAACCCCGUGCGGAAGAACCACGCCUGUGAGACGUGCGGGAAGGCUUUCCGAGAUGUGUACCACUUAAACCGACACCGUCUCUCCCACUCGGAUGAGAAACCCUUCUCCUGCCCCAUCUGCCAGCAGCGGUUCAAGAGGAAGGACCGCAUGAGCCACCACGUGCGCUCUCACCAAGGCGGUGUGGAGAAACCAUAUGUGUGCCCUCACUGUGCCAAGGCUUUCUCCAGGCCUGAUCAUCUCAAUAGUCAUGUCAGACAAGUUCACUCAUCUGAACGACCCUUCAAGUGUCCGGUACUUGAUACGUGCGAGUCCAGCUUCGCCACGAGGGACCGGCUACGUGCUCAUAUGAUCCGCCACGAGGAGAAGGUACCGUGCCACAUCUGCGGCAAGCUCCUGUCGGCUGCCUACAUCACCGAUCACAUGAGGGUGCACAACCAAUCGCAGCACCAUUCCUGCCAUAUCUGUAACCGCAGCUUCACCACUCUGACCUACCUGCGCGUCCACGCCCAGAAGCACCACGGCCAGGAGUGGAAGGAGAGCGCUGGCGGCUUCGGCGGCACGGGCUCAAGUGGUGUUCUUGUGUGCCAGCUGUGCGGGGUGCACUGCAAGACCCCCACCCAGCUGCAGGGCCACAUGGGGACCCACAGUACUGGGGGCCAAGGGGGCUCCUCCGGCACUGUUCCUGCUAGCGGGGCGUCCAGCUCCUCCGUGUCCCUCAGCAACAUGGUGUCUGCCCCAACUGUCUAUGUCAACAGCAACGCAGUGGUGGACCUGCUGGUGUCGGACUGCUCCAGCAUACAACCUCAGUCCCACAGUUAGCAGAGCCGCAGUUGAACUUCAGCCACUUGAGUCCCUAAGACCCGUAGUAAUAAGGUUAGGAGGCUUGCUUAGGGGAGAGCCUCCGUUGUAAACUUUGGCCCCUCUGAGUCCCAUAGCUAGAGGAAGAGGGGGGGAAUGGAAAGAGGGGUCUGGCUUAGGGGAGAGAAAGUAUGCAAGAAUAUUGUAGAGCGAGGAGGAGGGGGACAUUGUAUGUCCUGUACGCUGAUUCGAUGAUGCUAGAUAACGACAAAUACAGACGUGUCCCCAACGUGGCUGAACUCUCUCUCUUUCAGUACUCCCAUGACACUGUGGACUUGUCUGCUCUAUCCCUAUCCCUCCCUCCUUUCUCUCCCCCAGUCCCAGCAACUACUCCUCUCUGCUAGUAAUGCACCAUGUACUGUAACUCAAUGUCAGUCACACCAACCACCUCUCCUUUUGUUUGUUUUGUCGCUCUCUUCUCCAAACAUUCAUAAGAUAGCCUUGUAGUAAGUUGGGGAGUGAUGUAAUAGGAACAUGAUAUAACAAGGGGGUAUGUAGAAGAGUCUAUUCUGAAAGAGAAUGAGAGGUUCAGGGGGUGAAUUGCACAUAAGUCAGAGGCUGCUAUCCUCCAGAAAUGAAGAGGAGUAGAUGUGACGUUUUAAUUGUGUAAUGCUGUGAGCAUAUGGAUGUAGUCUGUUUUAAAUAGGGCCAACGCUGGAUCUGGAGGUUAGCCCAUACCCACUGGGCAGACACUGGUUGAAUCAACGUUGUUUCCAUGUCAUUUCAAUGAACCAAUGUGGAAUAGACAUUGAAUUGAUGUCUGUGCCCAGUGGGUACUGUGUUGGUGUUUAUGACCAGUGGAGGGGUGUACUGCAUCGAUGUGUUUCAGGUACAGUGGAUAGAGAGAAAAACAAUUGGCAAAGUUGCGUUCAGGAGUGUCAAGCACCUUAAAAAUGUGGACGUUUAAUCCGCUGAAGGUUCAGACAGGUUUCGUAAAGAUGCAUUUGCUCUGCGUCUUCCUCUUUGGGCACAACCACAUUUAAUACAUAAUGGUUAUUCUUAUUACUGCUACUGUACAGCCACAUUCAUGACAUAUUUCACUGACACCUAAAAACACAAUUUGCAUUAAAGUGAAGCUAGCUAAUACUACCUACAAGAACGUUAGCAGCAGCCACCCUUACGCUAAAGAUGGUUGAAAACAAAUAUUUUAAGAGUAUCGAUUGAUUCAGUCAAAAUAAUUGUACCCAUGUCUGCCAUUUUAUUUCUUUGUAACUGUUAUUGCCAUAGUGUUCUUUGUUUUGUUCCUAGCACGAGUCCACCAUAUUAAAACUAAUUCAUUAACACCACCAUGUAUAGCACACAGCAUUUGAGUACAACUUGUAUUAUAACUUAGCACUCUCCAUGAAUCUGAGGAGAAAGAUCACCUUUCCUCAGAUAUCUUUGAUUGUUUGACAUUUUCAGUGGUUAAGAGUGAUGUCAUGGAAGGACUUUAAAGGUCAUGUCGAGAUAUGAAUAUCCAGGAACUUUAUACUACUAGCAUUCGAUGGCCCACCCCUGGUAUGCUUUCAACAAAUCCCAGUUUUGUUGUGAAGUACUUCAUUUAAUGUAUGUUAUAUUAAAAAAAUAUUAAAAAAUGCUUCUAAUUAUUUAAUUUGGAGACUUGUUCUUCCUGUUGAGAAAAGUAGUGUUUUAUUAAAAGUUAUUUUAGGUUUCCCGCAUUAAGCAACAACAAAAAAAUACCUCUAUUCUAGGAACCUGUACAGCCCUUGUGAUACAUCGUAAUGCCUUAUUGUACUCAACUGCUAUUUUAAUUAUUUUAUUCUGAACUAUUUUAAAUCUUAGUCAUGGAUUCAUUAAGAAUACUAAUGGGAUGUAUUUAUUAUAUUUUUAUAUUUCUCAACAGUAUGCAUGUCUGAACAGUUAGAGCAAAAAACAGUUGAUGCUUACCGUGAUCAUGAAUAUUACGUUAUUAUUUUGUAGAUGAAGUAUAGAGAUCAUGUUAUUAUUUUGUAAUUUUUGACUAUUAAAAGUAAAAGCAGUAAACAUGA